GUUGCUGGCAAAGCGCCGGAUGGGAGGCGCGGGCGGGCGGGCUGGCAGGCGCUGCGGUUCUUUCGUUUUGCUUUCGGGAAGCGGUCGGGGCUGCACACUGUAGCCACGGACAGCCCUAGCGCCUGGCUCCCCGCCUGUUUCCAAAGAAAAGGAAGGAAGGAAGGAAGGAAGGAAGAGGUGAAAGAGAGAAAGAAUACACGGCCGCUCGCGCGCGCGGAUAGAAGGGUCUCAGUUGGUGAAGCCCUUCGGCAGGAGCAGGCGCAGGAGUAGAGCCGGCGCGGGGCGGGCGCGCCGCCCCCGCCUUCCCCCGGGUGCAGGAGCGCUGACUCCGGAGCCGCGGGAGCUGGAGGCAGAGGCUAGGCGAGGCGAGCCGAGGCGAGGCGCAGAGAAAGGCGAGGGGAGUUCCCCCAGAGCCGCCAGCCAGCAUGGGCCACUCCGAGGAGAGGCCGCUGCUGCUGCUGCUGCUGGCGCUCCUGACCCUCGCUAUUUGCCAAGGACGAAUAGUGAAGAUCCCCACUGGCGACCUUGUUCGAGUGGAGGGUACAGAGCUGGUCAUUCCCUGCAAUGUCAGUGACUAUGAAGGCCCCAGCGAGCAGAACUUUGAUUGGAGUUUCUCUUCUUCGGGGACUCUUUUUGUGGAGAUAGUAAGCACAUGGGAGGCAGCUUUCACAGCCCAGCCAUACAGGGAACGGCUGCAGAAAGGAGAGAUCCAGCUGAGACGAAUCGGUAAUGAUGCUGUGGAACUCCGCAUUAAGAAUCUCCAGGCUGCUGACCAAGGGCAGUACAAAUGUUCCACCCCCAGCACGGAUGCCACCGUCCAGGGAAACUAUGAUGAUACCGUGCAAGUGAGAGUGCUCUCUGAUGCUCUGCAAGUGAGCUCAAAAUCUCAGCCUGCUUCCUCCCUGCGCCUGAAGGACGGAGACUCAUUUGAACUCUAUUGCUCUGCCUCUUCCACCUCCUUGGAACAUACACAUCUCUCUGUGACAUGGGAGCUCCAUCGUGGCCCUGCCAGGCAGAAAAUCCUCUCUUUGACCCACGAGAAUAGGUUCCAUCCUGGCCCACAGUAUGAAAGACGCUACCAGAGCGGAGAUUUGCGUCUGGACACCACUGGCGAUAAUACUUACCGACUGUUUGUGUCUCGGGUGCUGCCGGUAGACCAGGGCACCUACAGAUGUGUGGUCAGUGAGUGGAUUGGAGAGAAGGGUAAAUGGCAAGAAAUUCAAGAGAAAAGCGUGGAUGUUGCCACUGUGACAAUCGAGCCCACAGCCUUAAGAGCAACUGUCACCAAGAAUAAUGUAUCUGUGACCGAAGGAGAUGACCUGGAUCUCACCUGCAGCAUUGCAACUGAUCAGAAGGAUGAUAUUGAGGCAGAGGUCACGUGGUAUUUUAGCAAGGUACCUGACAGUUCUUUGCCUGAUGCUCACAUUUUGGCAAGCAUGGACUACCAUUCUGUGGUGCGCAGCCCAUUGACAGUUACCUUAAAUCGUGUGGGGAUGCAUUCCUACCGCCUGCUAGUACGAGAUGCUAACAAAGAAAAUUCUGGCUACUAUUUCUGCCACGUGGCUCUCUGGGCACCGGGGCACAAUAGGACCUGGCAGAAGGUGGCCGAGAAGAUGUCAGAACCAGCUGGAGUGGAGGUAAUCUUGCCAGAGCCAUUGUUUGAGGUGCUGCUAAAUGCUUCUAAGGUCCCUGAGUAUUCAGAUGAUCCCACGGAGCUGGAGUGCCAGAUAGCAGAUGUGAAGCAUGCAGGUGCCAAUGUCCGCUUCACUGUUUCUUGGUACUACAGGAUGGACUCACGCAGUGAUGAAGUUGUAUCUGAUCAGCUACUCGCCUCCAUGGAUGAGGACUGGACCCUGAGAUUUGGGGAGAAGAGCAAGCAGCGGGCAAAGAAUGGGGAGAUCGUGUUCUCCAAAGAGGAUGGGGCCAGAUUCAGUUUUCGUAUUCAGAGGACUUCAGAGGGAGAUAAAGGAAAUUAUUACUGUGUUGUAUCUGCAUGGACCAGACAGCGUAACAAAAGCUGGAUGAAAAGCAAGGAGGUUGUGUCCAAACCAGUCAACAUUUUUUGGAUUGCAGAAGAUUCCGUGCUCCUCGUGAAGGCAAGGAAGGCAAAGCCUUUCUUUGCUGCAGGAAAUACUUUUGAGAUGACUUGCAAGGUUUCCUCUGAGCACAUAAAGACUCCUCGAUAUUCAGUCCUCGUCACGGCUGAGAAGCCUGCGGCAGACCCCUUCAGCCCCAAUGAGACUAAGCACAUCAUCUCUUUAAACCAGGAUUCGGUCGUGAAGCUGGAAAAUUGGACGGAUGAGGCCCGGGCUGAUGGAGUGGUACUGGAAAAGGUCCAAGAUGAUGAGUUCCGCUAUCGAAUGUACCAGACUCAGGUGUCAGAUGCUGGGCUGUACCGCUGUGUGGUAACAGCCUGGUCCCCUGUGGGAGGCAACCAGUGGAAAGAAGCAGGGACCAGUUUAUCCAAUCCAAUUCAGAUAGACUUCCAGACCACAGGGCCUACAUUUAAUGUUUCAGUGCAUUCUGACACUCCAACAGUAUAUCGAGGAGAUCUGAUUAAACUCUUCUGCAUCAUCUCUCUGGAAGGAGCUUCACUCGACCCAGAUGACAUGUCCUUUGAUGUAUCCUGGUUUGCUGUCCAUUCCUUUGCCUUGGACAAACCUGCUGUCCUUCUGUCUUCAUUGGAUCGGAAAGGUGUUGUGAACAAGGCCCGGAGAACCUGGAAGAGUGAUCUCAGCUUAGAGAAGAUCAGUGUGAUGGAGUUCCUGCUACAAGUUCAUGGCUCUGAGGACCAAGAUUUUGGGAACUACUUCUGUGCUGUGAUACCAUGGGUCAAGUCAACCACAGGGUCUUGGCAGCGGGAGACAGAGAUCAAAUCCAAGCCCAUCUUUGUAACCGUGAAAAUGGAUGUACUGAAUGCCUUCAAGUAUCCUCUGUUAAUCGGCAUCAGCCUCUCCACCAUCAUCGGCCUCAUCUCCUGCCUCAUAGGCUAUUGCAGCUCCCACUGGUGUUGUAAGAAGGAAGUCCAAGAAACGAGACGAGAGCGACGUCGGCUCAUGUCAAUGGAAAUGGACUAGGUGUGAGCCUGAGAAAGAUGGACUGUCUGUCUUUCUGGGAGAGAUGGGUGAGAAGAGGACAGUGACAUUUUAGAGUGAAGUGUUUUACACUAACAAAAGAAAAGUCCUCUCUAAUCUCAGGUGGGACUUCCAGCUCUCUCUUUUCCGCAUGUUAAGAACUGAGAGCAAGGGACAUGUUUACCAGUACUGACUCUUGUAGGGGCACUUUCUAAAGGGACAACGCUCUGUUCUCUAUGUUAUUGGUUGUUUCAUAGGGUGUAUGUUUUCCCAAGUGGGGCUUUUUAAACAGUGAACCUUGUCUGUUUUUUUUUUCUCUUACCGGUUUCUAGACCCUCUUAUAAGCUCCAUGCUAUAUAUAUAUCUAUAUAUCUAUAUAUUUUGUCUAUUGAGAGGGGGUUGUGGAGAGAAGAGGGUGGCAGGAUUUAGAGACCUUUGUCUUGGAUGACUAUUUGCUUGCUCACUCUACUAGGUCUCUGUCGACUCAGAGGCACUAUUGCUAAGAUCUCCUGAAUGGGACGUUCUAGUACUGCUUAGAGACAGCAUGGCGCUGUUGCUAAAAGCCCACUUGUGGCUUUUAUCAUCAUCCCCCUAUUUUCAGGGGCUUAUGCUACACUUUAUAUGGAAACUUAGUUUCCUGUUGAAUUGGAAGGCAUUUUUGCUUCUUUGUUCCCUCUGUUCCUUCAGUGUUAGAAUAUCGGACUGGCCACCCUAGAACCUAACACUCCACCGAACACCUUACCUUGCCACCUCAGCCUUAAAAUGUAUGCUAAGUAAAAACCCAGCAACCCCCUUUGCUAGUGGUGGUAAGUAGGCCUGUGAAGAAAUGGAGGAUUAAGGGGGGGAAAUGCCAAUUUUUAGCAUAGGCAGCUCUGAGUAUUCCUUUCCCUCAAGCAAAUAAUCAGAUGAGCUAGGGAGGCAAACCUCCUAGAUUGACCUUGGAUGGCUCAGGGCAGGAGGGACAAUGAGAUUACUAAGACCCAGUUGGGGUGCAAUAGCCAACACUUCCUCCACUCUCCUGCCUGCUAGGCAGCCGCUGUGGCAGCAGUUUCGAUGGACCUCAUGGGAGCACCUGCAGAAACGUAACAUGCCAGUCUUGUUGCUUUGACUCCCCUGUUGGGAAAGGGAAUAUUUUUGCCAAGGCUGUCUUACCUGAACGGAAUCAGAAACAAGGCGGAAAAGCCAUUCUUUUCCAUGGCCUUUUAUAUCCAUCAGGUCUUUUUAGGAAGCUCAACAGGGUGUUAAAGGGAGAGGGCAGAGUUAGGAAGAGGAAUAAAACCCAUCUAUUCUCACGUAAACAGCCUGCUGAAUGAAUACCCGGCUCUUUUCCUUGACUGUGCCAAUCAGGGCUGGGACUGGGUCAAAGCAGAGAGAAAGCAAUGUUAUUUGUCCUGAGGCUCUUUUUCCCCCUGCUUUUAAAAAAGAUUUCCCUUAGCACUCUCCUGCUUUCCAAAGUGUCUCCAGCACGGCAUGGCCUUUCUGAAGCAUCCCAGUGGGGUUUUCUGAGGCCCAUUGAUGACUCAUGGCCUAGAUUCCUGUCUGCUAUGCUUUCAUCCUCAUUCUGAAGGAGCAGUCACAGCGCUGUCUUCCAAGGAAGGGGGAGUUGGGCAGGGAGGGGGGGUAUGUUUUGAGCAAUAAAGUCAGGUCCCAAAGAAGAGUAUUCAUGUAUUCCCAUUUCCAUAUAAUUGGCAGGAUGAGCCCUUUCCUUUUCCCUUUCUGCCAGCUUCUCCUGCUCCCCUCUUCUCACUGAUUACAGUCUCCGUGAUCAUGUGGGCCUCCACAUUGAUUUCCCUCUCUGUUCUGUUAAUAGAGAGGGUUGCUCAUGCAAUGAGUGCCCUGUCUGGGCCAUGAGAGUCCUUAGUUAUCCGGGGCAAGAAUGCUCCCUGAGGACAGUAGCAGGGCCUUGGAAUGCCGGGUGUGUAUGUCCCUGACAGGAUGGUACCCCUCUAUUGAUGCUCUUUAUGGAGCAAGAGUUGGGAUGACCAAAGGGAGAAACUGUAGGAUUUUAAUAGCAUUAAGUUUUAUCCUUUCCCUACCCCCAAGCUAACGCUAAAAUAGACACCAUUUCUUUAUGGUAUUAUUUCCAAGGAGAGAGGUGUCAGGCUCUUCUAAAGGCAGCAAAUUCCAGAAUCAAAAGUAGACAUCAGAACUUUUACUAGUUAAAAGCCAGCACACUCUGAGCACUUUGGAGUCUACCAUUUUGCUGAGAGAAAACUCAGGGUUUUCAUGACUCAGGCCUUUCUCGUUAGUAGAGAAGGGCGCCCAGCUAUGGGGGUGGGGGGUGGGGGGGCGAAGGCAGAGGGGGAGGGGGAACUUGCUGCCCUAGGAGGGUUGAACACUAUGUUACAGACUGGUUGGCCAGUGCCACUAGCAUUAACAAGGCUUUGUGGGGAAUCAGGCCCUCUGCCUUUUCCCCGACGAGCUGAUACUGCAAUGUGAGGAGCUUCCCCAAAAUGCCUACUUCCAUAGCUCGUUGUGAGGGAUGCAGACCCAGGACACCAUGCCAAAAAACCUUGCAUCAACUUGGAAAAUAAACUUUGCUGAUCAUUUGUCUGUCUCACUAUCCAUCCUUUUCUCUUUCUUUACUGUGAAAUGUGUUGGUGAGGGCUCUCUUGGGACACCAUGUAGGGAUCCCCGUGGAGAGAUUCUUGCCACCAGUAGCGGUUGGAAUGGCAGAGGGCCCUAGAACCCUUGAUGCUCACCAGUUGCCACUUAUAUUUAUUUGUGCUACUCGAUUGUCAUAAAUAUAUUCCCUAGAAAAAGCCUAAGGGUUAUCCACAUGAGUGAAUCUUAAAUAACCAAAAUUUAUAGACAGACUAAAGCUGUUGUUGUUGUUGUUGUUGUUGUUGAUGUUUUCAAAAAUACAAACUGACACCGUAAAGAAAGUCUCUUGGGACAGUGAAAAUGCAGAGACUCAUCCAUCUUCACAUUUAAAGAUUUCUUAAGUCUCCUUCAUUCGACUGCUAGUGUUUUAGAUUCUCCCCACUCUCCCAGCCUUCCCCUGAAGUUCCAGCACAGAAGACCCCUGGUAUCAAGACCCUUCUGUCUACUUUCCCUUCUGCAUUUUGUUCUACAGACUCUUGGCAGCCAUUACUUUGUCACUGAAGUCAGUGACCCAGAGACUGAGCCUUCCCAGCAGGGACAAUAAGCAAUAUACAACUUGCUAUUUGCAGAAAAAUCUGAACUAUUUUUUAGCUUUGCAACUGACAACAGAGGAAGAAGAGAACCAGGACCCGGGUAAGUGCAUUCUUCUUCCUCUGAUCCACCAGGUUCUUAGUGGCACACCCAGCAUGCACAUCACUUGGGGAGAACAUAUAGACUUUUUCCCACACGAGAAACAAGGACCGGAAACACCAGCUCACAAACCUACAGAAACUUGCUUAGACAAAUGGUUUGCAUAUUUUUGUCCAUACUCAGUGUCAUUUGAACUAAUUAUAUUGUGUUUUUUACUGUGAUCACAAAUAAUAUGCAAUACACGGUCUGGUUUUUUUUCUAAUUUCAUUAAAGAAAGUUUAAUUUAAAGUCAAA